AUGGCAUCAGAUGAUUUCGUUAAAACUGCCAGAAAGGCGCUCGUCUCCUAUUCUGUAUCAAUUCAAAACUAUACUGAAGAUGAUUGUCAAAUUGCAUUUCAUGCUACAACCAACUCAUUCAUGCAGACAAUCCGUCUCGUUCAUAUAUUUUUCUGCUCACUGGGUGCAAUCUCUUCAUCCCUUUUUAUCUACGUUCUCCUGAAUUCUUCGUCAAGAAACUUACAUCGAAAUCUACGAAUAUCACUUGCAUCUCUCGCAUUUGCAGCUCUAAUCGCCUGUCUUCAACUCGAUUUUAUUGCGUUUUAUCAUCUUGCUCUAACUCUAACUGCUGAUAAUGCGUGUGACUCGAUGUAUGAAGCAAGAAAAUGUGCGAUUCUCCGGUUUCCAGUGGUACUUUCCAUCUAUUCAACACUUUGCGGAAUCAUUGUUUUGGCUAUUGAACGGACGAUUGCUACUUUAAAAUAUCGAACUUAUGAAGCAAACGGUUCCCGUGCAGUUGGUCUCGCAUUGAUAGCUGGCCAGUGGCUAGUUUGUAUUGUCGUUGCCAUUUUCUCCGUUCUCCUUCGCUCUGAUCCUGGAUACGUUCAUUACUGUACUGCAUACAUAUCACAUCCUAGAACAUCCGUGUUCUCAUUAUGCUUCAUGUCGGCCUUGGAAGUGAUCACUUUGGUUUAUUUCGUUUUGUUACUACAAUCAAACCAAAGGAGACAAGUCAAUGAAUUUGUGAACAAGGCGAUGCAUUCCUUAUCGGAAAGAUAUCAACUUCAGGAAAACGUUCGAAUAAUGAAAAUCUUAAUACCGUCCAUCACAGUUCAUGCGAUUCUCGGAUUCGUUGGUCUCGGUUCAAUGCUAGUAUUUGCAAUCAUGUACAGAACUGCCGAUGAACGUCUGAUAGUUGGGUUUGCUCCAUUUUCUGAAGUUGUUUUACUUGUAAUACCAGUCUACGCAGUUGUCUUCCCCAUCGUUGCAGUUUUCCAGAAUAAACAACUUCGAUUAGCUUCCAGACGGGCGUUGCCAUUCCUGUUCAAUCCUGAAUCUCAAGAAUCGAGUGAAAUGCUACCGGACCCCCCUCCAUCUCAUACAAUGAUCACGAGUCGACCGAGUCGUCAAUUAGAAAAAGAAUCAGAUACUCACUUCGACUUGCUAAAUGAGAUGUGGAAAAAAGGAUAA